AUGAUUCCUGUCUUCACCAAAGACCCGUUGGCAUGGGCACGCCCCUUUCCGGCCAAUCCAGAGUCCCACUUGGCUGCCCACUGGCACGAAAUCGUGUUUUCCACUGGGUUCUACUUCAUGCUCCAGGCAGCAUCGCCUUAUUUGAGCACCCGCUUUUUUGGCAAGGCGUACACAGGCUUGAACAGGAAAACAAAACUCAACUUUGAUAUCCACGUGGUGUCAAUGUUCCAGUGCAUCGUGUCGCUUCUAAUCCUCAUGCCCGCAUGGAACCACCCCCACUUUAAGAAUAGGGAGCUGGAUCCUUUCAACUCUAUUUUCGGCUACAACGCCUACUCGGGCUUCGUGUGCUCGGUGACCAUCGGCUACUUUGUGUGGGACUUGUUUGUAUGUGUAAAGUAUAUCAGUCUUUUUGGUCCCGGCUUUUUGGUGCAUGCGUUUGCUGCAUUGUUUGUGUUUUCGUGCACGCUCCGGCCAUACGCCAUGCCUUGGACGCCUGCGUUUUUGGUGUUUGAGUUGAGCACUCCAUUUGUCAACAUCAAUUGGUUUGCGUCCAGAUUGCCCGCAGGCACGAUUAGUGAUCGGGUGAUCGCCGUGAACGGGAUCUUGCUUAUUGUGGUAUUUUUUGCGGUGAGGAUCUUGUGGGGCUUCUAUGCCGUGUCAUUGGUGGCGUACGACAUGUAUGCCGUGUUGGACCAGGACUGGAAGUUGUUCCCAGUGGUAAUUUUGCUGUUGAACGUGGCGCUUGAUUUCUUGAACCUUUACUGGUUUUCCAAGAUGCUUGCCAUUGCCAAGAAGAAGAUCAGUGGCGCCAAGACGAAGGAGGUGGCCGUCGAGGCGUCCAAAAUCGAAUAA